CCAAAUUCGCCUCCGCCACACUAUCGCCGCUGCCUAACCAGACAGCCGUGCUAGCUUCUAGCUACGACACGGCACGACGCGACGCGAGGCUCUCGAGAGCGCGAGGGAGAUCGUCUGCUGCGGCCAGCAGGGAGGCGUCGUCGGUGGUCUGUUUCAUGGGCUCCGCCAUGGAGCACGCCGGCGUGGCAGGCGGGAGGCCCAAGAAGAGCCCCGGCGGCUCGCAGCUGUGGAAGAAGGCGCUGCUGCAUUCCAGCCUCUGCUUCGUCAUGGGCUUCUUCACCGGCUUCGCCCCCUCCUCCGUCUCCGACUGGCGGUCCGUCGCGCCCGUCGGGGUGGGGAGCAGCCACAUGGUGAGGACGCCGCACCUCAUCUCCGGAGCCGUGAACCGGAGCCUGCUGGCGCGGGGCGUGAUCCCGGCGCCGGGUGCCCCGCAGCCUCUGUUGGUGGUGGUGACGACGACGGAGUCGACGCCUACGGCGGCCGGCGAGCGGGCGGCGAUGCUGACCAGGAUGGCGCACACCCUGCGGCUGGUGCCGCCGCCGCUGCUGUGGGUGGUGGUGGAGGCCGCCCCCGACGUGCCGGCGACGGCCAAGCUGCUGCGCGACACGGGGAUCCUCUACCGCCACCUGACGUACAAGGAGAACUUCACGGCCGCCGAGGCCGCCGCGGGCAAGGAGCGCCACCACCAGCGCAACACCGCGCUGGAGCACAUCGAGCGGCACCGCCUCGCCGCCGUCGUCCACUUCGCCGGCCUCGGCGACGUGUACGAGCUGCGCUUUUUCGACCAGCUCCGGCAGAUCAGUACGUUCGGUGCGUGGCCGGUGGCGAGGAUGUCGCGGAACGAGCGGAAGGUGGUGAUCCAGGGCCCCGCGUGCAGCUCGUCCAAGGUCCUCGGCUGGUUCUCCAGGGACCUCAGCAACGGCACCACCGGCACGGGCGGCGGCACGGCGGCGACGUCGCCGGAGAUCGACGUCCACGGCUUCGCCUUCAACAGCUCCGUGCUCUGGGACCCCGAGCGCUGGGGCCGCUACCCGACCUCCGAGCCCGACAAGUCCCAGGACUCGAUGAGGUUUGUGCAGCAAGUGGUGGCGGAGGAUUAUAGCAAGGUGAAGGGCAUUCCUCCAGAUUGUCUGGAGAUCAUGGUAUGGGGCGUCGACGCGGCGCCGGCGACGGCUCCGUCUUCCUCGGGGCAAACUCCGGGGAAUAAGAGGAGGAGGUAGGAGCGAGAGCUGUAGAAGAGAAGAUCGUCGGGUCGAUGAGCCGAGCAAGCUGCUGCCUAUACUGUACAUGCAGGGAUCGCACCAGUAAGGUGUUGGUGUUCCUACUAGCUGCAAACAUAAGAACUUUUUUGGUUUUUCGUUAUAGGGGAUGGGUCGCCAAGUAUCCUCCCACCCAAUAUCGCCAUAUUGUACAUCUUCGUUACCUUUUUUCUUCUUCAACAAAUUGUGAUAUAUGCAUACUUUAUUCUCUUUUUCUUUUCGUUUCUUUUCUUUCCUUUGUUUUUGUUUUCAGAGGGUUUAGGUGAUUACAUAACACCCCUUGAACUGUCUCUCAAGGAUGAAAAAUGAAUAGAAGGCGGGUACAAGCUGAA